GAUCUCAUUGAUUAAUAACCAGUCAAUAAGGUAUGGCAAUUGACUGCCAUUUCUUCCCCCCCAUAGUGUUAGGCAUCCUAAUUUUCCAUGGAGCACUCGAUACCAGUAUAGCUUAUGGUUCCAGGUAUAGUACAGCCUCCUUCAAUCGGACUAAUUUUCCGGCAGGUUUCCUUUUUGGGACGGCUUCAUCAGCUUACCAGUAUGAAGGUGCAGCAAGAGAAGGAGGUAAAGGGCCAAGCAUAUGGGAUACUUUUACUCAUAGAUAUCCAGAUAAGAUUAUAGAUAGAAGCAAUGGGGAUGUGGCUGUUGAUUCAUAUCACCGCUACAAGGAAGAUGUUCAGAUAAUGAAAGAAAUGGGUUUGAAUGCUUACAGAUUCUCAAUCUCAUGGCCCCGAAUAUUGCCAAAUGGAAAGCUAAGUGGGGGUGUGAACAAGAAUGGAGUGAAAUACUAUAACAACCUCAUCAAUGAGCUCCUAGCAAAUGAUAUAGAGCCCUUUAUCACUUUGUUCCACUGGGAUCUUCCUCAAUCCUUGGAAGAUGAGUAUUCUGGGUUUUUGAGUCCACGAAUUGUGGAUGAUUUUCAAGAUUUUGCUGAAACUUGUUUUAAGGAAUUUGGAGAUCGAGUAAAACAUUGGAUAACAUUUAAUGAGCCAACGGGAUUCAGUGUAGCUGGUUAUGCAUUAGGCAUCCUGGCUCCUGGGCGAUGCUUAGCCUCACAAAACAUAAAUUGCACAGGUGGAGAUUCAGCAACUGAGCCUUAUUUGGUGUCACAUUACCAGCUUCUUGCUCAUGCUGCUGCUGUAAACUUGUACAAACGCAAAUAUCAGGAAAUCCAGAAAGGCAUUAUAGGGAUUACUUUAGUGACUCCUUGGAUGGUUCCCUACUCCAAUGCAAGGCAUAACAUAAAUGCAGCGCAGAGAGCCCUCGAUUUCUCAUUGGGAUGGUUUAUGGACCCAUUGACAAAUGGUGAUUACCCACAUGUCAUGAAAUCUUAUGUGGGAAAUCGAUUGCCAAAAUUCUCAAAAGAACAAGCUCAGAUGGUAAAAGGAUCGUAUGAUUUUAUAGGAUUAAACUAUUAUACUGCUACUUAUGCAGCCUAUGCCCCUCAAUUUAGGAAUGCAAACAAAAGCUUCCUAACAGACUCUCUCGUUAACAUGACAAGUGAUCGUAAUGGAAUUCCAAUUGGCCCAAAGGCAGCUUCAGAUUUCAUCCAUGUUUAUCCCAGAGGGAUUCGUGAUCUUUUGCUCUACAUAAGGAGGAAGUACAAAAAUCCACUCAUUUACAUUACAGAAAAUGGGAUUGAUGAGUUCAAUAAUGCCACAUUAUCUCUGGAGGAAGCCCUGGUUGACGAAGUGAGGAUUGAUUACUACUAUCACCAUUUAUAUUUCCUGGAAAGAGCAAUUAAAGAGGGGGCUAAUGUGAAGGGAUACUUUGCCUGGUCGUUGCUGGACAAUUUUGAAUGGACAUCAGGUUUCACUGUGCGAUUUGGCAUCAACUUUGUAGACUAUAAAAAUGGAUUAAAGCGAUACCCAAAGCUCUCAGCCCACUGGUUCAAAACCUUUCUCACACCAACAAAUCAGGGACAUGGUAUAUAGCCUUUGCCCUUUGCCCUUGGCCCUUGGCUUGGAGGUCUUUAGCUUCAGAUACUAUUCAAGAAGGCUGCAACAAAAAGGAUAUGCAAUCUGAGCGUUGUAUUUAUAAUUUGUCCACAGUGUCUCAUUUGAGAAAAAGAUCUUGGUAGUAGAAGUAGUUUGUGUGAAUUUCUCUCUGUCCUAUUGCCCCUAGUUUAUAAAAUGGUUUCAAAAGCUGAUAUGUGAUAAUGCCAACUUCGUUUCUAUUCCUCAA